AUUUCCUGCCGUCGGCGGCAUAUUCGAGCCUCCAAUCGGAUCCAAGCAAGCAUAUUCAUCUUGCUUUUCUCCCAUUUCGGUCUUCGAUCUGCAUAAAUAAGUGCAUAUAUAGUAAUGAGUGAGACGACCGUUGCUUUGAUCCUUCGACCAUGAGAGGGAUGAACGGAUUAGAGAGCUCUUCGUCUUUAUCGCCGUCGUUAUCGAGCCCUUACUUCCCCGUCUUGCACAACUACCCGCUGAUCUCGGCCAUCCUCGCCUUCGCCAUCGCCCAAUCCAUCAAGGUCUUCACCACCUGGUAUAAGGAAAGACGCUGGGAUGCCAAGCAGCUUAUUGGAUCUGGUGGGAUGCCAUCAUCCCAUUCAGCAACAGUGACAGCACUAGCAGUAGCUAUUGGAAUUCAAGAUGGCUUGGGUAGUUCUGCUUUUGCUACAGCAACGAUGUUUGCAUCUGUGGUAAUGUAUGAUGCUUUUGGUGUUCGACUGCAUGCUGGAAAGCAGGCAGAGGUGUUGAAUCAAAUUGUGUAUCAACUUCCAGAAGAACAUCCUUUGGCUGACACUAGACCGCUGCAUGAACUUCUUGGCCAUACCCCUCUUCAGGUCACAGCUGGUGCUAUCUUGGGGUUUUUCGUAGCUCUCUUAUCUCGAUUAAUCAACAAAUUUGCGGGUGGAGCAUGACAUCCGGAACGAUGAAGACAAUCAUUGACACCAGGCUGCAGCUUCUAGUUACAAGUGGGGAAAUAGGUUUUCCAGCUAGUCAGCCAGGUUGGUCACUUCAAGAUGGACAUUUUAACCCAUAAUUAGUAUGAUGACUGAUGAGGAUGCUAUUUGCAGAAGACAUAGAUCCAUUCUUUCUGUGAUAUCAUUCUUGUCUGCGUCCAUGUGUCUAAGUUUGAUAGAUUAGUCAUUGUUGUAUGCAUGCAUCCAUGUGUGUAAGUUUGAUAGAUUAGCCAUUCUUGUAUUGUAUUUAACCAUUCUUCCACUUGCUGUAUGCUUGAUUGUGCAUGUUAUAUAGGAGAAGGACAGUAUUUUCUUUU